AUGCAGUCUCCUGGAAAAUCUCUGAAGGAAGCUCUGCUGUGCGCUCAGAACGAAGACCGGCUCACUGUUGGAGUCUACGAGAGCGCCAAGAUCAUGACUGAUGACCUGGACAGCGUGUCUUUCUGCGUCCUGGCCAUGGACGAGGAGUUCGAGUGUGACAUCGCCCUGCAGAUCCACUUCACCCUCAUCCAGUCCUUCUGCUUCGACAACGACAUCAGCAUCGUCAGAGUGAGCGACAUGCAGCGUCUGGCUGAGAUCGUUGGAGACAAGGCGGAGCAGCUGGAAGAUGCGCACUGCGUCCUCAUCACGAACCCUGCUGAAGGUUCUUGGGAGGAUCCAUCUCUGGAGAAGCUGCACCUGUUCUGUGAGGAGAGCCGGCGUCUGAACGACUGGGUUCCUGAGAUCAGCCUCCCCGAGCGUUGACGCGCCUCUCAGGGCUCCUCACUUUGCUGAAGAUGCUUGAAGAAGCUUCUUUUCUGGAAAUAGUCAUCCUGACGACCAGGACGACCCUGUUUCUGCUCAUCCCUGGACACUCCUGAGGAGGAUUCCCGUCCAGGCAGCACGGCGCCGGCCCGAGGUGGCCCCCCGUGAACCGUCGCCUCUCGUCCCGUCCAUGCCAAGAUGACUCUCAUUCUUUGUGUGAAUGAGGUCGGGCAUGCCACGAGAGCGACGCAUCGACCCUCAUUCUUUGUGCGGAUGAGGUUUGGAGAGGAAGGAGAAGCGAGUUCUGCGUCCUGUGGUUCUCCACAGAGCAAAUGUCGCACGUCCAAGCACGCGCAGUAGGAGAAGAAGCGGUGCUGAGGAAGAGGCCUUGUUAAAAAGGGACUUUUUAAAGGUGUCCUCUUCACGCUGAGCAACAGCACCACCGUUGCACGUCAGCGCAAAUGUUUCCCACUUUCCAGAAUUGUCUUAAUUCUCUAAAGGUUUCACUUUAGAAAUUUAACGAUGACAAAAAAAUAUAUAACUUAAAAACUUGAGAAAAAAAAAUGUCUGUUCUCUAAAGGUUUCACUUUAGAAGAUUAACAAAGACA